GAAAACCAUUAUUGCCUUGUUAUUAUUAGUUAAACUUGAUUUAAAUUAAUAUUAAAAUAAAAAAUAAAAGAAAGAUGCAAGAACAUUGGUUGGAGACAAGGGAUCGAUGGAAAGAAAGAGCAGUUUGUUUCAAGAUUCUCCUUAAAGAUCGUUUCCAUGUCGCCGUCGAUAAACACCGUCGCCGGCCGCGGUGGCGGCAGAGUAACGACAAUAAUGUCAUUCAAUGCUGGCUUCAUCGCUUUCGCCAUUUUCGAAAUCAAACCCUGUUAACUAAUUCUCCUUCUUUUUACCGCAAGAGAGUAAGCAUUGACUUUGAUACGGAAGAGGACUCUGUUCUUACCCAAAUGCUUCAAGCUGUUGCUGUUCCUGUUAUUGGAAAUGUUUGCCGUGUUUUCAUGCAUGGCCUGAAUCAUGUCCAGAUCUAUGGUGGCGAAAAGUUACAGCAAGCAUUGGUCAGCCGACCAGAUAAGACACCGCUUAUUACGGUUAGCAAUCAUAUUGCCUCCAUUGACGAUCCUCUAGUUAUUGCUGCACUCCUUCCUUCAAGUGUACUUAUGCAUGCUCGUAACUUGAGAUGGACACUGUGUGCUACUGAUCGAUGUUUCCGUAAUCCAGUCACCUCUGCAUUCUUUAAGUCUGUUAAAGUUCUUCCCGUCUCACGUGGUGAAGGAAUUUAUCAGAAGGGUAUGGAUAUUGCUAUUGCAAAACUAAACAGGGGUGGGUGGGUCCACAUAUUCCCUGAAGGCAGUCGUUCCCGAGAUGGCGGAAGAACAAUGGGCUCUAUUAAAAGAGGCACUGCAAGGUUAAUCCUUGAUGCAGAUAAUGCACCCAUUGUCGUUCCAUUUGUGCAUGUAGGGAUGCAAGAGAUCAUGCCCAUUGGUGCCACUAUUCCUAGGGUUGGCAAAACGGUGACAGUACUUGUUGGUGAUCCAAUCGAUUUUAAAGAUAUGAGGGAUAUGGAACAGGAUAACCACAUACCAAGGGGAACUCUAUAUGAUGCUGUCUCUGCACGUAUCAGUGAUCGUCUACUAAAACUAAAAGCACAGGUUGACAAUAUUGUCCAACUGCAAACUGAUGUAGCACUAAGACGAGAUGAGUAUUUUGAUAGUGGGUAUGAACAAGAUAAUGAGUCUUUUGAGGUUAGAUCUCCUUACCAAGGAUCAGGAAUUGUAUCAAGGAUUCGUGGUUAUAUGGAUCCCACUGAGCUAAUGGGUUUUGCCGCAAGAGGUUUGUUUACGAGUCAAAGUGUUCGAGGGGUAAAGCCUAUAAAAGCGUGGGACAGUUUUUGGAAGCAAGUGCAUCAAACUCGUGAAGUGGCUUCAGUUUCCAUGUUGUCAUGGGCCACUUGACUUUUAACUUUAGUUUUUGGUUUGUAAAAUAAAUAGGGUAUAUGCAGUUAAAGUUGAUAGUUGUACUUUUUUUGUAAGAUGUUUAAGAAAUAAUUUAGGGUCUCUUUCACUUUAUUCA